UUGACGACAGCGAGACUCGAGAGCAGUGUUUCGAAUGUGAAAUUAGCUAAUUCAAUCACCAAGCGCAAUUUUUUCUUUGACUACAUCUGCAUAGAAGAAUCACCCAAGUCUAAACGUCAGUUGAAUGUUCCAUUUCCAACCACGAGUAACAUUGCAACUGAAUCAACAACGUUAAAGCAGAAAUGUAAACAUUUGGAAUUUGAAUCAAAAGAAAGGCUUACAAAGCAUGUUUGAUGCUAUUUCAGGUAAAACAACUAGCAAAAUCAAUCCGGAUCUUGUUAUUCAAGCAGAUGAACUUGAUACGCCUUCAGAAACAACUGCUUUCACAAGUUUAACCUGUACAACAUCAACUACGACUGUUAACACAUCACCGAUAAGGGCUGAUAUUGUUCCUAUCUUUAAAAGUGAUGUGGAAGUAAAAUCACCUAUCAGAAAAACCGUAACGUUCAACUUACCAACUUCAAGUGCCACAAGUGAUUCACAAGCAAGUAGCACAACAACCACAACAAAUACCAAUACAGAUUCAAAACCAACACUUGCUCAAGUACGUAAGACAAAAGGAUGACAUUAUCAUUGCUGGCUGUGGUAAUUCUACUCUUGGAAUGA